AGUCAUGGUUACGACAGGCUUUCGAGAGGAGCUUUGCUUUCGGGUGAUAGUAUGACAGCAUAUGAAAAGUGACGGCUUGUGACAAUAUAAUGGUUUUGGUUGGGUGUGUUGGCUAAACUGCCUUUGUUAAAUUGAUCAGUCAGGCAAUCAAAAAUCACAUGAUAGGGUUUCCUUUCUGUCCAUUCGAAAUUACCAGCGGCGUUCAUAAAUGGCCUCUCAUACACACGAAGAGUUUGAACUGAGCAAGAAACAUGAAGAUAUACUGGGAAAAAGAGCAUUGCUGCUGCAGCAGAUGGAAGCACAUUAUGUACAGCAGAAAGCUAAGAAAGAACAGCAGUCUCUGAUGUCUCAAGCUGCGAAGGAGAGGAAUGCCCAGAUCCUUAAGGAUUUACAGGUUGUUGAAAAAAGUCUUCAAACAAGACAGCUUCUUCAUCCAGAUAUAAUUAACCUUGAGACACGUUACUGGGCCUCAGUUGAACGGAAACUGCCAGAAUGGGAGGAAUAUUUGCUUGGGAAAGGACAGGCACCGGCAAGUGAGACUGGGAGAUCAUUUAAACAACCGAGACUGAAAACUAGGCAACAAGAUCUCUCACCUGCUCAAGGCAGGGAUGCCACAGUAUGCAAUAGACUGGGAUGUCUUGAGGUGUACAAUACAGUCUUCAAAGACAAAGGACAACUGGCUCUAACAAGGACAGAAAGAGAUGUGGAAGGCCAGAUGUACAACUAAACAAGAGGAUAAGUACAUCAUAGUCUCUAGUUUGAGAAAUAGAUGCCUCACAUAUCCUCAUCUGACAGCUUCAUUGAAUUCUACCUGCUCAACACAAGUUUCAUGUACAACAGUAAAGAGAAGACUCAGGGGUGCAGGCCUUAUGGGAAGAAUUGCAAAGAAAAAGCCACUUUUGACACAGAAAAAGAAAAGGUUAGAGUGGGCAAAGAAACACAGACAUUGGACAACAGAUAAUUGGAAAAGAGUGUUAUGGAUCUUAACCCCAUUGAGCUUUUGUGGGAUCAGCUAGACUGUAAGGUGCGUGAGAAGUGCCCGACAAGACAGCCACUUCUAUGGCAAGUGCUACAGGAAGCAUGGGGUGAAAUGUCACCUAAGGAUCUGGACAAACUGACAGCUAGAAUGUCAAGGAUCUGCAAAGCUGUCAUUGCUGCACAUGAAGGAUUUUUUUGAUGAGAACUCUUUGAAGAAGUUUAAGAAGUUCUGAAUAUUUUCUUUCAAAUUGCAAUAGAAAUUGUUCACGUUAUUAAUGUCCUGACUAUACAUUGUGAUCAGUUGUAUGCCACUUUGGUGAAUAAAAGUACCAAUUUAUUUCCAUAAGAGCAAAAUAUGUACAUUAUUCCAAACUUUUGGCCACCAGUGUAUGUAACUUACCUUGCCUUGAAAGGAAUACUCACUCUACAUUCAACAAAUGUAUUAGCUUGCCUUUUAUGUCAUUUACAUAUACAUUUUAUAAUAAAUUCUGGAAUAUAUAAACGAUAAUAAAUUAGAAUAAAAUAUAAACAUAAAGAAUGUAUGCAAACACUUUAUAUACAGAAUGGAUGCAUAUUGUAAUUAUUGAGGAUUUUUUUAUUUAUUUUUUACAAUUAAGUGAAUAUCCACAUGGGGGCAGUACUGACUAUACUUUCUGUAAUAGUACCACAAUCCUGUCUUCUGUGCAUGGAAAGAACAAUAAAAUAAAUGAAUGAACCGCAAGACAUAAAACUAUAAAUCCUUUACCUGUUAUUAUUUUUUUUUAUGCAUUACCUAUCAUUAUUGUUGUUAUUUUUAUGCCAUUCCAAAUAUUUUUACUAUAUUAUUAUUGGCAUUAGGUAUGGUAGUUAUUAAAUAGUUUUAUUAAAGUAAAAAAA